AUGCGUGAAGGGGAGUUGCUGGAUGCUGGGGAAGGGAAGGUGGGCGGGCUGACAACAGGGAAUGUGCGCGCGUGGGGAAGGGAAUGUGCGCGCGUGGGGAAGGGAAUGUGCGCGCGUGGGGAAGGAAGUGUGCCUUCGUGGGGAAGGGAAUGUGCGCACGUGGGGAAGGGAAUGUGCGCGCAUGGGGAAGGGGAUGUGCGCGCGUGGGGAAGGGGAUGUGCGCGCGUGGGGAGGGGGAUGUGCACGCCUCGUGGGGAAGGGGAUGUGCGCGCGCUGGGGAAGGGGAAUUGCUCGCGGUGGGAAGGGAAUGUGCGCGCUCUGGGGAAGGGAAUGUUUGCGCGCGGGCGGAGUGCAGUUGCGCGCGCUAGUGAAGGGAACGUGCGCGCGAUGGGGAAGGGAACGUGCGCGCGCAGGAGGGGGGCAUGUGCGGGCGCUUGGGAGGAGAGUGUUUGGGCGAUUGUGAUGGGAUUGUGCGCGCGAUUGAGAAGGGACUCCUCCUGUCCUGGCGCUGCGGAAAGGAAUAUCCGGGCGCUGCGGAACGGAAUGUCUGGGCGCACUGUGUGGGCAUGUCUGGGCGUUGGAGAAGGAAGUAUGAGGGUGACGCAGACCUGGAAUGGCAUGGCGACGCGGAGGAAUAGGGAGGGCGGCGCGCAGGGACUGUGA